CACCUACUUGGCUUGUGUCCGGCCGGCCAUCCUCCAGCGACACACCGGCUCACCAUGGCGCCGCCGCCGAGGCAUGGUUGCAUGCUCCGCGCGGAGGUGGUCAUAUGCAUAUUCCUCGUCAUAGCACCGUUCAGCAUGGCGAUCGGUGUCAACUACGGCACCAAGGGUGACAACCUUCCAUCGCCGGCUAAGGUUGCGGCAUUCCUCGUGACCCGCACAAACAUUGACCGUGUAAAGCUGUUUGACACCAAGCCGGACAUUAUUCGGGCCUUCGCGGGCACGGGCAUCUCGGUAAUGGUCACAGCAAGCAAUGGGGACAUCCCUGGCCUCGCCACCCAGAACGGCGCCGAUGCAUGGGUCGCUACCAACAUCGCGCCAUACUACCCCGCCACAGAUAUAUCUCUCGUCGCCGUGGGCAACGAGAUCAUGGACACGGCCGACAAGAAUCUCAUCGGCAACCUCGUCCCCGCCAUGCAGACGCUCAAGGCUGCGCUCGUCACGGCUGGCUAUAGCAAAAUUCGAGUUUCCACGCCAAGCUCACUCGGCAUCCUGGUUGACGCCCAGCCGCCGUCCGCGGCUCGGUUUCGCGAUGUCUGGGAUGUUGCCAUCUUCACGCCGAUGCUCCAAUUUCUCCAGAAGACCAAGUCCCCACUCAUCGUGAACACGUACCCGUACUUUGGGUACAACGGUGACACGCUACCGUACGCACUGGCGCGGUCGAACCCUGGCGUGCUAGACACGGGUACGGGUAUCACGUACACGAGCAUGUUUGUGGCACAACUUGACUCGGUGUACUCGGCAAUGAAGAAACUUGGGUUUGAGGACGUGGAGAUCCUCGUUGGGGAGACCGGGUGGCCGACUAAGGCGAUGGACGGGCAGAUCGGUGUGAGCCAGGCCGAGGCAGCUGAGUACAACAAAUAUCUCAUCGGUGCGGUUAGCUCCGGGUCAGGCACACCGCUCAUGCCAAAGCGGAAGUUCGAGACGUACAUAUUCGCGCUCUUCAACGAGGACCUGAAGCCCGGGCCCGUCGCCGAGCGCAAUUUCGGGAUGUUCCAGCCAGACUUCACGCCCAUGUAUGACAUUGGCAUCAUGAAAGAUCCGGUCAAAACAGCGCCGGCGCAAGCGUCGGUCGCCCCGGUGGCACCGCCGAAAGUGGCAGCAACGCCUGUGGCCGCCACUGCUCAUGCCUUGGAGGCUGCGGCGCCUACAGAGGCGAACGGCUCGAACAGCGCCAAGGCAUCCGCGCCUGCAUCGUCGACAGGCAACAAAUCCUCCCCGACGGAGGAAGCGGAAGGAAGCGAUGCUCAGUCAUCCACGAAGAACGAACCGUCGGAGGCAGCAGCCAAGAGUGGUGACGACGAAGAAGGAGACAGUGAGAAAACCAAACCCAAGGAAGAAAGUGCAAUGCCGCCGGCGGCCGGAGCUGCUUCGGAAGCCACCAACUUUCUUUUUCCUAUCCCUUGCAUACUUGCAGUUGCGCUCUGUCUAACUGUCCAUGUCUAAUCUUCCUACACUUUAGCUGGACACAUGUAAUUACACUAAUUAAGAACGGUGCUAGGCAGAUGCACUUUA